UUUGUUUCUUUAGUAUUGUAAUUUAUGAGCUUAAUCAUAAUUUAAAUUACUGUAGAGCACUUUUGUCAAAUUUUGUUAAAAUAUGCUUAGGGAGAGGUUAUUACUUGGUUCUGAAUGAACAUAGUUGAUCUGCAAGAAUUCUUUUACAUUAAUUUAAAUUAUUUUUGUAUUGUUUUUUUAAAAUAAGAGAUUAAGUUUUCUUACAGUUUGAAUGGAAAUUAACGUGUCUGUUUAUUCAUUUGUUUAUUUAUUUUGUCCAUCUUUAUAAAGGAUACCAAGAAUUCUAGAGAAACUUAUACAAAAAAAUGCCAUGAAACAAUGAAACACAUUAGAAGCUAUGCAUAAGAUGUUCUACUUAAGAUAAUUCUCUGUGCUGUGCAUUUUGAAUCCAAGAAACUCAAAACACAAAUGGCAAUCUAAGUGGCAUUUCGCUUCUCUAUUAGACUUUGGGUUGCAUUUUUUUCUGUGACAUUUCAAGAUGUGAUGGAGAGAAGUGGACGGAAAAUCUUGACAGAGAACCGGAGUAUCUUUUAUCGGCUCAUAACAGAACCGUACGCUCACAACAAAGACACCCAAAUCGCCUUCCCACUCCCUGGCUGUUUCAUUUCCUGUUAUACAGGAAAUUGCCUCAGAGUCGACUGAUAGCUUUUAGUUAGAGCUGUAAUUUUAUCUCACCUUCAGCUCAAUUUCAUUAAAGAAGUGGCUGCAUUAUGCACCGGAGCAAACACCACUCAUUCAUGACAAACAAUGCACAUUUGUGCAUGCACACACACAAAUGAAUGUUUCUCCAGUUCCUUCAUUUUCCUUUAAUAUCACAUCCUCUAUAGAAUAUGUGGCAUAUACUGUAUAGAAUAUUUUCUUCUGUGCUUUUUAAAAUACAGAUUUACUUUGAAGAUAUUGGUUGAAAAGAUAUUGUACUGAGUGAAACAAUCUGUAUUUUGAUGUUAUUAUGUGAUAUUUAAUCUUUUUUUGUUUUUGUUCUUGAGGUCAAAAUAAAACCAUCUGUGCAGAGCUUUGUUGAACAUCAGAUCUGGAGUAGAUUAACACUAAUGUUUCAUGAUCAGUAAGGUACUGACGUAACAUAACUUUUCAAAAUUGAACGACAAGAGCCUCCCAGAAACCAAUGUACGCAAGACAGCAGGAGAGAGGAGUUCUUAUCACCAUCUUUCGUCACACAAUAUAAGCAAGGCUCUGGCAGUUCACGAGAAGGUGGAGUGCAGGAUUGAGCAGCACACUUAGAUUCCAAUGGCUUCACAGGUACACAGCAAGAAGGGUUCUGAAUCAGUACCUGUGCAUCCUGAGGUACAAGGCAAAACCAAGCCUCAAGAAACGAUGUCUAUACCGUCUGACCCGCAGAGUCAGAUAAAGGGUCCGGAGAUCCCAAAGUCACCGGUGGGUCUGCUGAGGAAAAGGGGUAAGGAAGCAAUUCCAAAAAUGCAACCAUCAAUGAUGAUGUUCUCCAGCAAAUACUGGGCACGUCGGGGAUUAUCACUGGAUUCAGCUAUGCUUGAUCAGCAGCACCUAGGAAAUAAUAUGCUUCGUAGGACAUCAUUUAGCCGCAUAGAUGAGAAACCGGACAAGGAGGAUAUAGGCUUGGCUUAUGACAGCAGUAAAACUGCUGUGAUUUUCUCUCUGAAGAAUGAGGUGGGAUGUCUGGUGAAGGCUCUUCGGCUCUUUCAGGAGAAGCAUAUCAAUUUGGCCCACAUUGAAUCACGCAAAUCAAAGCGAGUCACCACAGAGAUGGAGAUAUAUGCAGAGUGUAGCUGCACUAAAAAGGAAUUCAAUGAGCUGGUGCAGCACCUUAAAGACCAUGUCAACAUUAUCUCAUAUAAUACUCCUCAAAAUGUGUGGUCUGUAGAGGCUGACUGUUUGGACUGUGUGUGUGUUUUGGGUGGCUUGCCAGAUGUAGAAGGAGUCCCUUGGUUUCCCCAGAAGAUCUCUGAAUUGGACCAGUGCUCACACAGAGUGCUCAUGUAUGGCUCAGAGCUGGAUGCUGAUCAUCCUGGAUUUAAAGACAACAUCUAUAGGCAGAGGAGGAAGUACUUUGUAGAAGUUGCAAUGAAUUACAAAUUUGGCCAGCCCAUCCCACGCAUUGAGUACACACAAGAGGAGGUCAAGACUUGGGGAGUGGUGUUCCGAGAGCUCACUAAACUUUAUCCAACCCAUGCCUGCCGCGAGUACAUGAAAAACCUCCCAUUGCUCACGAAACAUUGUGGAUACCGUGAGGACAAUAUCCCCCAGCUGGAGGAUGUCUCCUGCUUUCUAAGAGAGAGGUCAGGGUUCACAGUGCGACCUGUGGCAGGUUAUCUUUCACCUAGAGACUUCCUGGCUGGUCUGGCAUAUCGAGUGUUUAAUUGCACUCAGUAUAUACGCCACAGCACUGACCCACUCUACACACCAGAGCCGGAUACUUGCCAUGAGCUCCUGGGUCAUGUCCCACUCUUAGCAGAUCCUAAGUUUGCUCAGUUCUCACAGGAAAUUGGCCUAGCUUCUCUUGGAGCUUCAGAUGAAGAUGUGCAGAAGUUGGCUACAUGCUAUUUCUUCACAAUUGAGUUUGGCCUGUGUAAACAAGAUGGCCAAUUGAGAGCCUAUGGAGCAGGGCUGCUUUCUUCAAUUGGAGAGCUACGGCACGCAUUAUCAGAAAAAGCUGUAGUGAAGCCGUUUGAUCCCAAAACUACAUGCUACCAGGAGUGCCUCAUCACAACUUUUCAAGAUGUUUACUUUGUCUCAGAGAGUUUUGAGGAAGCCAAAGAAAAGAUGAGGGAAUUUGCCAAAACAAUCAGGAGGCCCUUCUCUGUCUACUAUAACCCAUACACCCAAAGCAUUGAUCUGCUGAAGGACACCAGAAGCAUUGAAAAUGUGGUGCAGGAUCUCCGCAGUGACCUCACCACCGUCUGUGAUGCACUGGGGAAAAUGAACAAGUACCUUGGCAUCUAGAAAAAUACAAAUUACUUUUUCCAACACUUUUCUGCUUUGAAAAAACUCAAACUGCAGAUACAUUAACUAGUUGCUAAUGGUGUUCUUUAGUGUAUAAACUGAACCAAAAUUCAAGCAGAGCUUGGUCUUCCUGUCUGGUGUCUUCAUGCAUUUGCCAGCAUUCAUAGUCAAUUUAUUCAUAUGUGCAUGGCUGCCAUUGCUACAGAAGCUGCAAGACGCAUUUGUUUGUGGUUGCUGAUUGUAAUUUGCUAAUCAUAGUAUUCUAUAAUCCAAUUGCCCAAGUUCCUGACUAGGUUCAACUUCAUUAUGAGAGCGCAAACAGGAAGUUUUAGAUGGAUGAUUCCAGAUGCUAAGGCAGAAAUAUACCCCACUUUGUUCUAGCCAAUUAGCACCACAGCCUGCUUCACAGACCCUCUUACUGUCUAAAGUCCAUAUCCAUAUAGAGUCCAAUUCCAUAAAGAGUCUAGUAUUAAAUGUGUUACCUCUCUGUGCCUCCAUAUAAGCCUGAAACAAGAGUUAAAAUAGAGUAGAGUAUUUUAUUUUUUAUGUUUCAGAAUUUAUGUGUAUUCUUAUUCUUAAGUUGCAACAUUCAGGCUUAUAUGAAUGUUAAAAGUAUUGUGCCUAAAAUAAUUUAAAAAUAUAAUAUAUUCAUGGAUUUAAAUUGCUAAAGGAGUGAAUUCUACAGUCUCUAUGUCUGGAUAGUGCUUAGCAGUACUUAUUAUAUUUGCAGCUGAUAAAGUAACUGCAUCAGAUGCUUGUUUAAUAAAUAUAUAUUUUAUGUUUUUUAGGUAUCUGUCAGUUUUUUCUUUUUUUUUUGUCAUUGAAUAUAUUUAUAUUCUGGAUAUAAAGAUAUUUAUUUUAGUUAUGAAUAUGAAGCUAUUAUGAUAGAUAUGAGUUAUUUCCAGGUUUUUGUUUUUUUAUCCCACCUUGCACAACCAUGCUGAUAUGUGGAUUGCUGACUUUAAUUUGCCCCUAGUUGUAAAUUAGUAUGUGAAUGUGUAUGUGCAUGGUGCAAUACUUUAUACUCUCAUCCCAUUUUCUCACCUCAUUCUCAGUGUUCCUGGGAUCCAAUGCCCUGACCAGGAUAAAGCACUCACUGAAGUCUGAUAUUAUACAUUUAUGAUACUAUAAAUGAGUUCCAUAUUCUUUUGCGCAAACAAAAUAAACAGUGA